AGGACGUGAACCGGGCGCCGUAUCCCUACCCCACGGAGGAGGAGGACGAAGAGGUGCCCAAGUCCGACGAGCAGCGUGCCCAGGAGAUGUGGGAGCUGCACAAGAGGCGCAGCGACUCCCAGAUUGUGGACCUCUUCCAGUUCCAGAUCCGAUCAGAGCUGACGUGCCCUGUGUGUUCCACCGUGAGUGUCACCUUCGACCCCAUCAUGUACCUCACGCUGCCGGUGCCGAAGCCUCCGCACUCGGUGAGCCUCACGCUGGUCGGCUCCGACUUCCAGCCGAGGCACAUGCAGCUGGAGGUGGACAGGGGCGCCAGCAUCGAUCAGCUGGAGACGGCGCUCUGGAAAUACCUGGGUCGGUCCCCCACUGAGAAGCCGUCCUGCUUCUGCUUUGGGGACGUCUGCUACGGGCGCAUCUACAAGCACUUCGAGCCUCACAACUACGUGAGCGAGAUCCGGAGCACCGACAACAUUUUCGCCUUCGAGGUGCCGCUGGCGCCGGAGGUGGCGGUGAGCGAUCACACCUUUGUGCCCUUGGUGUACCGGAAGCGCACGAAGCCCACGAUGACGUCCAGAGAGACCUGGCAGUACGACAAGUUGGACCAGCCCAGACUGGUGGCAGUGGUUCGAGGUGCGCGCAACUGCGACGUGCACCAGCAGCUGCAGGACAUGGCCACGGACCUCCUCAAGGCCUGCGCCAUCCCGGAGCCCUGGAGCUUCGAGAUCCUGACGAACCUGGACAUCUACGGAAGUCGUGCAGGCGACCUGCUGCCGGAGGAUGGCCAGCCCUUCCGGGCGCCGUCGCAGCUGGCCAUCGACUUCUUAGAGCAGGCGGAUCUGCUGAAGGAGGCGUUGCCCAAGGCCUCGAAGACGCCGGCGCCGGGGGGAACCACACUCACCGCCUGCCUGCAGAAGGGCAUGGAGCGAGAGGUGCUCGCAGAGGCAGAUAGCGUCUACUGCAGGAAGUGCAAGGAGCAUAGGUGUCAGAGCAAGAAGCUGGAUCUAUGGUCGCUGCCUCCUGUGCUUGUGGUGCACUUGAAGCGAUUCGGCCGUGAGAGGCUCGACGGGCCCCUGGUGAAGAUUGGGUGUCCCGUUGACUUCUCCUUGGAGCUGGACCUCAAGGACUACCUCUGCAGGAAAGGUGUAGAAAGAACUCGAUAUCAACUCUUCGGGGUGGUCAACCACCAUGGCAACGUCGGUGGCGGUCACUACACAGCCCAUGCGUUGGUGACGCCACCAAGCGGCCCUCUGGAACUGGGUGAUUGGUUCAACUUCAACGACUCCAUUGUGAGCCAGGCGAGCGUGGAGGAUUUGGACAAGGAGGCUGCGUACGUGCUGUUCUUCCAGCAGCUUUGAGGCCUGGACGCUAAGCACCGUGAGAUGAUGGCACGGCAUCGGAAGCAAAAGAAAAGGCCCCCUGUGAUUUUGCACGGGUUCAAGGACAUACUGUGAAUGGAAUCCACAAUGCAC